UUGCUCAGUGAGCCCCAGACAGAUAAGAGAGAGCCCGGCGUGGCCGAGGGACACUUCUUUCUGCAGCGCUCUGAGGCAUGGUGCAGUGCCUCUCACCAUGCCAGCACGGUGCCAAUUCCCCGACAUGUGCCACUCUCUGGAAAUCAGGAAAGUCAUUCAAAUUCAGAACCUGUGGUUCGGGACUCUGAAGCAGCUCCUUUUAAUGGGUACCCUCUGCUACAUCUGCUUUGCUCUGGUGACUGACAAGCUGUACCAGAAGAAGGAGUCUGUUAUCAGCUCCGUGCACACCAAGGUGAAAGGGCUGGCAGAGGUGAAAGAGGAGACCAUAGAGAAUGGAGAGAAGAAGGCAGUGCCCACUGUCUUCGACACGGCGGAUUACACCUUCCCCUUGCAGGGGAACUCCUUCUUUGUGAUGACAAACUUUCUCAAGACAAAAGGCCAGCAGCGUGGGCUGUGUGCGGAGUAUCCCACCCACAGGACACUCUGUCACUCUGACAAGAAUUGUAAACAGGGAUGGAUGGACCCACAGAGCAAAGGAAUCCAGACUGGAAAGUGUGUAGUGUAUGAAGGGAACCAGAAGACCUGUGAAGUCUAUGCCUGGUGUCCCACCGAGGCAACGGCAAAGGUCCCCCGGCCUGCGCUCCUGAACAGUGCCGAGAACUUCACGGUGUUCAUCAAGAAUAACAUUGACUUCCCUGGCCAUAAUUACACCAUGAGAAACAUCCUACCAGACUUCAACAAGACCUGCACCUUUCACAAGACGAAGGAUCCACUGUGCCCCAUUUUCCGACUGGGAGAUAUCUUCCAAGAAACGGGAGAUAACUUCUCAGAAGUGGCAAUUCAGGGAGGAAUCAUGGGCAUCGAGAUCUACUGGGACUGCAACCUGGACAGCUGGUCCUAUCACUGCCGCCCACAGUACAGGUUCCGUCGCCUUGACGACAAGAUAACCAAUGAGUCCCUGUACCCUGGCUACAACUUCAGACACGCCAAGUACUAUAUGGAAAAUGGUGUUGAAAAACGGACUCUGGUAAAAGUCUUUGGGAUCCGUUUUGACAUCCUGGUUUUCGGCACCGGAGGAAAAUUUCACAUUAUCUCGCUGAUUGUGUACAUCGGUUCGACCCUCUCGUACUUCGGUUUGGCCACUGUGUUCAUCGACUUUCUCAUCAACACGUACUCGAGCGCAUGCUGUCGAUCCUGCGUCUAUCGCCAUUGCAAGUGCUGUGAGGGCUGCGUGAUCAAUGAGUAUUACAACAGGAAGAAGUGCGAGGUCAUCGUGGUGCCAAACCAGACGUUAAAAUAUGUGUCCUUUGUGGACGAAGCCCACAUCAGAAUGGUGGAUGAACAGCUAUGUGGGAGAAGUCUGCAAGAUGUCAAAGGCAAAAAAGUCCCAAGGCCCUCGAUGGAUUUCAGAGAGCUGUCCAGGCUGCGCCUGUCUCUCCCAGACGCACGCCCCAAUCCUGAACAACCAGAACAGAUGCAGCUGCUUACGGAAGUGAAGACUCCAAGAUCCAGCAGCCCGGCCUGGUGCAGAUGCGGAAACUGCCUCCCUUCCCAGCUCCCCAAGGACCGCCAGUGCCUGGAGGAGCUGUGCUGCCGGAAGGAGCCGGGCACCUGCAUCACGGCCUCAGAGCUGUUCAGGGAGCUGGUCCUGUCCAGACGUGCCCUGCAGUUCUUCCUGCUCUACCAGGAGCCCUUGCUCACGCUGGACACGGACGCUGCCGACAGCCUGCUGCGGCACGGCGCCUACAGGUGCUACGCCACCUGGCGCUUUGGCUCCCCGGACCUGGCGGACUUUGCCAUCCUGCCCAGCUGUUGCCGCUGGAGGAUCCGGAACAAGUUUCCCAAGAGCGAAGGCCAGUACAGUGGCUUCAAGAGUCCUUACUGAUGGAACAGGGCUGCGCAGCGGCAACAACACUGCCUUCGCUUGUACCUUGAGCUUCAACUGCAAAGAUCUGUGGCUAGAUUUUCAGACAAAGGGAAAUGUGCUUUGCUCCACUACAGUUCUCUGUCAGAGAGCAGAGAGACUUGGGAAGACAAACAGACAGGCCAGAAUCCCUCAGCAUGGACUACCAGUCAGGAGGUUCAGACGGAUGCCUCAAUUCUGUCCCUAGGAAGUUGUGUGAUCCUCGGCCUUUAAUCGCUGUCCCUCAGCUGCCUCAUGAUCCAACCUACUCUCUCUCACUGAGAUAUCGGGAGGAAAAAUUCUUGUUCAUGCAUAAAGAGCUCCAGUACAAAGCAGCUCAUUAUGAGGUCGGACUAGGAUCAUGUCCAACUAUGAACAAACCCGUUGGGUCCUGGGUCCUGUUGGACAGAGUGGAGGAUUUAAAGUGGCAACAAACUCUAUGGCACUUGACCCUGAGGGUUACGUCUCCUCCCCUUGUGUCUGGGUGGCUCUGGUCGCUUAUCCCAGAGUGGAAGUGAUGCUGUGUCAGCUUCAAGGUCUUGGUUUUAAGGGGCUGGCGACUUCCACUCCCUGCCCCUUGGCUCUCGUGCUGUGAAGGAAGCCGGCCUCCGGGCAAAAGUCUGACUACUCUGAGUCUGUGAGGAAGCCCGAGCAGCCAUGUGGAGAGGACAGAUCCCGACUAGUUCCAGCUUUCAAAUCAUACAAGCCCAGUCACUAGACCAGAUGUUCCCAGAGCCUGCUAACACACGUCUGCAGCUGCCUGAGACACCCAAGGGAGAGCUGACCGUUGAACCCACAGAACAAAACUGUUUUCUUAAGACAUUAAGUUUUGGCUUCUUUGUUACAUAGCGACAAGAGAACUGGGACAAGAGAGCAAGCCUGACUCAUGGGGACAUACAUUUGGCCUAUACCUUCUGUGGUUGUACAGGUCUUAGGAAGCCUGGACCACCCCAGAGCCCCUCUGGGGCCGGGGUUCCUAUGUAGCAGCUAUAGGAGCUACGGACCAAAGCAGGUAACUCACCAGCACAGCCCUGGAAUCCACCACCUCUAACCCAAUACAUUCCAACUGCAUUACAUUUCUACGACUAGAAGUAACUUAAAAACUGGAAAAGGCCAGUAGUGCUUUUAACAUCUAGCACUGUUCAGCCAGUUAAAGGGGAUGCGGUCUGAAUGCUACUUAAAAUGCAACCCACACCCAAACCCUUAAACCAUUUCUGCAGGUCAGCCUCUAGGAACGUGAAAAUGGAUCGCUGCAGGUUCUAGGAUCCUCCCGAGGGACUUCUGUGUCUGGGUUUUAGCACUAGAGUUGACUAUUUCUCAACAACUACUUUCAAGAAUAGAGACCACUAUUCAACACUGUGACUGACAAAGGACCUGUGAGGGUUUUUUUUAUACAUACUCUUAAGAUUUACCAUUUUGAUACUUACUGAAAACCAGCAGCUCUCUACUAUAUUAAAAUAAGAUGAACAAAAGUCUUCUCUUUGUGAUCCAGGAUUUUAUCUGCCUUUCAACUCAGGAAUCAAGUUAAUUAGGCCAGAGCCCUGGCUGGCAUAGCUCAGUGGAUUGAGCGCGGGCCUGUGAACCAAACGGCUGCCGGUUCGAGUCCUAGUCAGGGCCCAUGCCUGGGUUGCAGGCCGGGUUCCCAGUAGGGGGCCUGUGAGAGGCAACCACACACUGAUGUUUCUCUCCCUCUCUUUCUCUCUCCCUUUCCCUCUCUAAAAUUAAAUAAAUAAAAAUCUUUUUUAAAAAAAAGGUUAGUUAGGCCAGACUGAACUUUCAUGUUUACUACCUUCCCAAGAUAUUUUUUAAAAGUGGAUUAUAUGUGACUUCAGGACUGAAAUUCCUACUCCCUGAAUUCUAACAACAGCGACAGACUUCCAUUCUGAUAACCUCUGAGUCUUCAGCCCUUUAUUCUUUGGUGCCUCCUUCCUGGUGAGUUUCAGUGUCCUUGUGGAAGCCCCAGAGAGAGCCGGGAUUUGAAAUGACAGAUAAUCACUGGCUCCCCCUCCCCUCGGGUGCUCUGAGUGGGUGAUGUGUGACGUCAACAGUGCGUACUUUGCCUGCCACUUCCCAUGACGAUAUGUACCACACCCACACUCUUCUCGUCAGUCGGCCGCCUGAAAUAACGUCAUCGCCGAAGACAUGCCCAGAACCACAUUUUGCAGGCUCUGGCUUCUUGCGCUCAAGUCCGUUCUUCUGUUGCAGUAAAGUGCACAGCACUCACAACCUCGACACUGUGCCCGAGGUCUGCUUUCUUGUCAUGCUGACUGAUUUCAUGUAGAAUUGAUUAGCAGUGCACUUGCAUUUUUCUCCUUAGAGGGAACCGUUUUCUAAGCACUUCCUAAUUUGGGUUUGGCUAUGUAGAUGUCUUCAACCUGAAUGUUUUGAUAAUAAAAAAUAAGGCAUAUACUUCA